CUCUGCGUCAGUUUCUCUAAAGCAAACCAUAACCCUCUCAAACUCUCACUCUCUCUCUCUCUCUCUCUCUCUCUCUCUCAGCUCUGCUCUUCUUUCCCAUUUCCCACACAAAUCCCACAAACCCUUUAACACACAGACACUCACAAAUCUCUUUCUUUCUCUGUCUGAAAUGGAUAAAUUCCAGGGUAGCCUAUGAGGAGUUCGAUGAAGAAGCCCAGCAAGCCGACAUUCCCACUACCGGACUCGGAUCUUCAGCCGGAGCGGCCGCCCAGCAGGAGGAAAUCCCGGGGCUCCGGUUUGCCCCGGCUCAAGCGGGCCGGGCUUCCCACCGGGAAACGGAGCCGGCCCGAGACGCCUUUACUCAAGUGGAAGAUCGAGGAGAACGGGAAGGAGAGGCGGAAAGACCAAAAUGACCUUGACGAGGAGGAGGGAGAAGAGGGAGGAGGAGGAGCGAGGAGGAAGGGCAAGAAGGGGAGAGAGGUGCCCAUGUCGGCCAGGAAGCUCGCCGCCGGACUCUGGAGGCUACAGUUGCCGGAGACCGGCGCCGAGAGACGGAGUGCCCAGCAGCUAGGGUUUCAGCCUGAUGCAGGCCAUAUUGGAGCACCAUUUCUCCGCCAACGCAAUAACAAAGGAUUUGCUUCUGAAGCAAAGGAUAAUUUACAAAGCCCUGGUUCCACCUCAAGGAAUGGAUUCUUGCGCAAGUUAUCCAACUCUGUCAUGGAAGGUGCAACAAAAUGGGAUCCUGUCUGCUUAAAAUCAUCAGAAGAGGUACGCCAGAUUUACAGCCAAAUGAAGCUUCUUGACCAACAAGCGUCUGCUGUAUCAGUGGUAAAUGUACUUGAAUCUGAAUUAGAGCAGGCUCGAGCCUGCAUUCAGGAGCUUGAGUUGGAGCGGCGUUCCUCAAAAAAGAAACUCGAACACUUCUUGAGGAACAUGAAUGAGGAAAAGGUUGCAUGGCGGAGCAGAGAGCAUGAGAAAAUUCGGGCAUUUAUCGAUGACAUCAAGGUUGAAUUGAACCGGGAAAGGAAGAGUCGUCAGAGAACUGAAAUACUCAAUUCCAAAUUGGUUAAUGAGCUUGCUGAUGCUAAGUUAUCUGCAAAGCGAUACAUGCAGGACUAUGAAAAAGAAAGAAAGGCAAGAGAAUUAAUUGAGGAAGUAUGUGAUGAGCUUGCUAAGGAAAUCGGAGAAGACAAGGCUGAAGUUGAAGCAUUAAAGAGAGAAUCUAUGAAACUCAGAGAUGACGUGGAAGAGGAAAGGAAGAUGUUGCAGAUGGCUGAGGUCUGGCGUGAGGAACGUGUUCAAAUGAAGCUGGUUGACGCAAAGGUGGCAGUUGAGGAGAAGUAUUCUCUGAUGAACAAGCUUGUGGCAGAUCUUGAGAAUUUUUUGAAGUCAAGAAGUUCAACCCCAGAUGUGAAGGAAAUGAGAGAAGGAGAGUUUCUUCGACAGGCUGCUGCUGCUGUAAACAUUCAAGACGUCAAGGACUUUUCUUAUGAACCCCCCAAUCCUGAUGAUAUCUUUUCCGUGUUUGAAGAAGUUAAUUUUGGUGAGCCUAAUGAGAGGGAGAUUGAACAGUGUGUUGCUUACAGUCCUGCUAGUCAUGCUUCUAAAAUUCGUACUGUGAGUCCUGAAGCUAAUGGAAUCGAUAAAAACCGGAUCCAGAGGCACGCAAUUGCAUAUGUUGGUGAGAAUGGUGACAUAGAAGAAGAUGAGAGUGGAUGGGAAACUGUGAGCCAUCUUGAGGAUCAGGACUCAAGCUAUUCACCAGACGGGAGUGCCCCAUCGGUCAAUAAGAAUCACCGAGAGAGUAACGUCACAGAUAGUGGAACCGAAUGGGAAGAAGAAAAUGAUGGGGAGGAAACACCAAUUACCGAAAUCAGUGAGAUUUGCUCGGUGCCAAUAAAGCAGUCGAAGAAGGUAUCAAGUAUAGCAAGGCUUUGGAGAUCUGGCCCAAAUAAUGAAGACAACUACAAGAUUAUCUCGGUAGAAGGAAUAAACGGUAGGCUCUCAAAUGGAAGGAUAUCCAAAGGGGAUAUUUUGUCUCCGGAUCGAGGUUCAGGUAAAGGUGGUUUUAGCCCCUCUGAUUUAGUGGGGCAGUGGAGUUCACCGGACUCUGGGAAUCAUCAUAUUCGGGGUAUGAAAGGGUGCAUCCCUCUUGGUGCGCAGAAGAACAGUUUGAAGGCAAGACUUUUGGAGGCAAGGUUGGACAGUCAAAAAGUUCAACUGCGUCAUGUGCUUAAACAGAAGAUCUAGACAUAGAGUAGCAGCAGAGCUUGCUCAUGAGAGACAGUCACAGACCCAGAAGACAAAAGAAAGCAGGGUUCAACAGGGUACCAACUUUUUGCUACUUGAAACUGCUCAAAGGUGGUCAUGAGGAGCCUAUGAAUAAAAUGCACAUGAUGACGGACUCCUUUUGCAAGUGAUCCAGAAAGCAAGUCAUUAUUGUUGUAUCAUUUGAAGUCUAGAAUAGAAUCUGAAGAAAAUUGUAGACCAAUGAUAACAUUUCCUAGUUUGUAAUAUGUAAUCAUUGUUAUGAGAAAUGUUUCAUUCAGUUUAUAGUAUGGAAA